GAAAAGAAAAAUUCAAAAAAAAAAAAAAAAAACACAAAUCAGAAAAACAUUUCUUCUUUGCUGUUGGAAUUUGGAAAGCUGCAAGAGAGGAGCUUCUUCUUCUUCUUCGAUCGUCUUCUCGAAUCUCCCCAUAUCGAUCGGCGCAGACCAUGAGCCCCGCCCAUUUCAACGAUCACCACCACGCCCUGUUCCCGCCUCCGUUGAAGACCAGCAGAGACUCGCGCUCCAUCAAGAAGCCGUCGCCCUCCUCCUCCUCCUCCUCCACGACGGCGGCGGCGGCGGCUCCCUCCCUCGCCGCCUCGAAGCCAUCGCACCAGCAGCAGCAGCAGCAGCGGCACCCGGUGAUCAUCUACACGCACUCGCCGAAGAUCAUCCACACGCAGCCGCGCGACUUCAUGGCGCUCGUCCAGAAGCUCACCGGCCUCUCCCGCUCCUCGCCCGACGACGAUCCGAAGCAGCAGCAGCCGCCUCCGCCGCCGGCCGAGGCCGCCGCCAACAGCGGCGACGGCGAUGAAGCCGAGGCGAAGGGAUCGAAGGCCGCCGCCGCCGCCGGCGCAGCGAGCGGCGAGGACAACGAGUGCUCGUCGGUGAUCACGGAGGAGAACUGCAGCAGCAGCGUCGGGGACGGCCAGGUGAACUCCAUCUUCGCGGCGGCGCCCGGCUUCGAGGAGUCGAACGGCGGCGGCGGCGGCAACCCGUACCUGAGUAAUUUGCCUUUUUUGCCAAACAAUGCUGCGGAUUUCCUGUGCUCGAGCCAGCCGGAUUUCUACGAUUUCAACGAGGCGACGGUGCUGGGUUUCCAUGGGAAUAACAUGAGGACGAACUACAUGUCGUACUCCAGUUUUGAAAGGACGAAAAAUUUUCGCGAAUUUUGAAAAAAAAAUAUUUUCUCAAAAUCUGGAUUUCGGUCAUCUUAUUUUUUUUUUUAAAUUAAGCAUUGAUAAGUAUGAGAAAUUAUUAUAAUUAUUCUUUUUUUUUUCACUGGGC